AGCUGUAAUGCUCGUUUGAAAACUCAAGCUUAAUCCACUAAACCACAGAAGAGAAAAUGGCUCAAAUCAACAGGCCAACGAUGGAGGAAGAUAAAGUUCAUGCUUUCUCUUCCCCCAUGCCAUUAAUGUCAGAACAUUGGAAGACUGAAGAAGGGAAGAAAUCCAAUCCCUCCACUUUGAGUGAGGUUUUGGGCUUGCGCGAGUUAUUUUCUCCACAGGUGUGGAGAGCAUCUCUAGCUGAGCUGGUUGGCACGGCAGCGCUUGUUUUUGCUAUAGACGCAAUUGUGAUCUCCUCCAUUGAGACCAAUAUCUCAGCACCAAACCUUGUAUUGUCAAUCCUGGUAGCAAUCAUCGCGGCGAUUCUCCAAAUUGCUACCAACCCGAUUUCCGGAGGCCACAUCAACCCCAUCAUCACCUUUUCUGCAGCACUGGUCGGCAUCAUUUCCUUCUCACGAGCUGCCGUGUACAUUUUCAUGCAAUGCGUCGGAGGAGUUCUAGGUGCCUUGGCACUCAAGGCUGUGGUUAACAGCAGCCUUGAAGAAACAUUCUCACUUGGAGGUUGCACCCUAACCGUGGUUUCUCCGGGCCCACAAGGGCCCAUCACGGUCGGGAUCGAGACAGGCCAGGCCCUUUGGCUGGAGAUAAUAUGCACAUUUAUUUUCCUCUUUGCUUCGAUAUGGAUGGCGUUCGACCACCGCCAAGGCCACGCCAUGGGUAAGGUUAUGGUCCUCUCUAUCAUCGGAAUAGUGGUGGGCAUUCUUGUGUUUAUCUCGACCUCUGUAACAACAGUGAAGGGCUACGCUGGGGUUGGAAUGAACCCAGCUAGAUGCCUCGGCCCAGCACUUGUUCGUGGGGGCCACCUCUGGACCGGCCACUGGGUAUUUUGGGUCGGGCCUACUAUUUCUUGCUUCGCUUUCUACUUGUACGUCAAGCUCAUUCCCCGUCAACAUUUCCACGUGGAGGGCUACAAGCACGAUAUCUUCAACUAUGUGAAGACUCUUCCCAAGUAGAAUGAAUUGGAUAGUCAUUAUGACAAAGAGACAUUUUUUUAAUUUGGCUUAUCUUAUUUCGUAAAUGAAUGUAUUAAUUUUAAUUUAAUUUGGUUGAUCUUGUUUCUUAA